CAACGACCAACGACUCAUUGUAGACUGGGCAUUAAUCGAGAGAAUUGAAGUUGUCUUAUAUUACUAUUAUUUGACUGUUCUAAAUAAUUGGAGGAUUAUUUCAAUUAUUUUCACUUUUUUGUAGCUAUCGAUAUAUGCAAUCAAGAAAUAUACUAGUGAAAUAUACACAAAAAAUAUAUUAGAAAUGUAAUAGUCAAUAUUAAAGAAAUAUAGAAAACAACAGCUGAUAAAAAAUGCAUGAAAAUAAACAUGUUCCAUACGAAAGACCAAAAGAUAGUUUUAUGGAAAGUUCUCAAUUAAUGACAGCUACUUCGCUUGCAGGACUAAAACAGCGAAUAAUCGACAGCGACUGGGGAGGAUAUGCCUUGGAUUUAGAAUUAUGGAAGGACAGCAAAUCGCCUGUAGUGAAACUAAGGCCGAGCGAAGUAUCAUUAAACGACAAGGAACGUUUGGGUUUUCUAUCCGACAGAUUGAUAGGCAUUGGCUCAUCUUAUCUAAGAAGAUCACCUGAAAGUGGUCGCUAUAUUCUUAACAAAUGUAUCCUGAAAGAUAGGAAUCUCACAGACAUCACUAUGCUGAGAUAUCAUCGGCACUUACAAUACAUUAAUAUUGCUAAUAAUAAUAUAUCGUGUUUAUCGCCUCUGAGUGGUCUUCUAUAUUUAAUAUAUUUAAAUGCGUCGCACAAUCGAAUUGAACACCUGUCGGACUUUGCGCCUCCUUGGUACCUCACAUAUAUAAAUUUAUCUUACAAUUAUUUGACGGACAUUGGCGACUUGAGAAAUUGCUGGAACAUUGUAAGAUUAAACUUGUCUCACAAUAUUCUAGAAAGCAUCUCUGGCUUGGAAAAUUUAAAACAUUUGCAAUACUUAAACUUGUCCUAUAAUCUCAUCGAAUGUAUCGAAAAUUUAGACGGUUUGAAUUUACGGGAAUUGAAUUUAGAAGGCAACUGCAUAACAUCUUUUAGAUCCGUAACACCCGGCCGUGGCAUAAAUGUGUUGCCAAAUUUACGAAUAAUUCUACUGGGCUACAACAGACUGUCAACGUUGAGCUUUUUCAAAGACACGUACAGCUUACGCUUCGUAGAUUUAAAGUUCAAUAGAAUCGCUGAUUUAUUGGAGGUAUUGAAUUUGACGGGUUCGAUAUUUGAGAUCGACUUUAGAGGUAACACCUGUACGAAAUGGCCAAAUUAUCGAAAUGUACUGAUAUCUUCCAUACCAAGCAUUAAAUUUAUUGACAGUGUUGAAGUACUUGAGGAAGAAAAGGUAAUAUCAACCAUACUAUUUGCCUCACCGUUGGAUUUGACAGCUGCCCGUAAAGUAGCGAAGUUAACAUUAUUAGAGCAGUUAAACAUCACCAAGAUAGACGCACAUGUUCAACCAUACGAUGAAAUCAGCCUUCCUCUGAUAAUACUCACAGGACCGUUAGCGCUCAUGAAAAUGACGCUGGCUUUGCAUGUGGCUCAAACAAUUUCUGACAAAGUAAAAUAUUGCCGUUGGCAUACCACAAAAGAGAUAUGUGCUGACGAUGAUGAACAUAGAGCUUACAUUUUUGUGAGCAGAGAAGACUUUAACGACAUGGCGCGACGUAGCGAAUUUUUAGUGAUUCUGGACCUUGUAGGCGAUAAUUACGGAUUCCAUGUAAAUCAGAUUAGUUCAUUGAUAUCCGAACACAAAAUUGGACUUACACAAAUGAAUCUGUACGCAGUUACGGAAAUUUCUAAACGAUAUCCGAACUUAAAAGCGAUCUUAGUAUUCACACAGAGCAUCGAUCUUCAUAGAGACUGGAUACGAGAAAAAUUUGAUGUCUACACAUGGAUUAAGGAUAGUGUGGAAAAUUUAUUAGCUGUCAAAAUAGGCAAGCAUCGAGAAGAAGAAAUGGAGAGCGCUAGUUCCAUAUUAAAUUUUAUCAAAGAAAUUUUGCAUAAGAUAAUAAGUCGUCUAGAACUUCCAACUUACGGUGUCAUCGUAAGACCACAAAAUGAGGCGACGACCACUGAUAUAAUAUUGCAAAGUAAAACGAUGUUACCUAAAACUAUAUUACAAAGGAGCGAGGCGAUGCUGUUGGAAAAGAAACGUAUUGCAUUAAGAGAAGCGUGGGCUAAAAAACAUAGUGUAAAAUCGCUCGAUCGAAUGUCGUUUGAAGAAAGAACACAUACGACAGAAAGAUUAAAAGUAUGAACCGUAAUCUUAAAAUAUUAAAUUUAAAUAUUAUCAGCAUUUCGAUGAAUAGGUGUUAUUGGACGAGGAAUCUAAUAUUAUUAUCGACGACGAAGAGACGAAGCGUGAAGAGCGCAGAUCGAAGAUGUUGCAGCGUCGAACUACCUUGUUGACGAACACAUCUGAACAUUUUGAGGAUCUCAGUGAAUCGACAUCCGAAGAGAUGGAAAUUGUAUACUUAAAUAUUCUUUUUGAAAAGAGUUAUUAAUCUCAUUCUAUUUCUUCGAUGUUACGUUUUAAUUGAUAUAGUUAAGUGAUACGUCUUAACAGACGGGGACUAUUUAUUCUCAUGCAUCUAUCU